AUGCUCACUACCAAGCUCCUCAUGAUGACAAUGGCCACGUUUGUCACGGCCACCCCAAUUGCAUCAGCCCCCAAGGCUGAGUCUACUGCAUGGUCACCUCUCAAUGCUGAGGAUAAGAUCGAUUGGCACGGCGUCGAUAAGAAAGCCUUCAAGGACCCAGCCAAUUGGAACAAUACUGCCUCGGCUGGCACCACAGAGAGACCUGCUGACUCUAUGGUCAUCCUGGCUGGGCCUUGUGAACAGGGUACUUGCCCUGAUUACAACGCGGCAUUCGACCUGGUCUACACCUUCAUCAACGACUGCAACAACUGUCAACGCACCAAGGUCGGCAGCAGUCUCGGUGGCACUGUGGCUGGCGGCUGCUUGGACUUUACCUCGUGUGGCCGUGCCCAGACAAUCUGCGUGGACCCCGGCAAGACCCGCGCCCACCGCAUCUGGAAGGAUAAGAACGUCAAGACAUGUUACAACUUGAGGGUUGAGGAUCUCGGAAGCUGCGGUUUUGUUAAGUCACGGAUUGUCUUACACCCUACCGGUGAGACUGCGUGCAACUGGUAA